AUGUCCUUCCCGCCACCUCCAGGCUAUCAGCAACCGCCUUCAUCGCUCCCUCCGCGACCUCCGCCAUCCGCAAACACAAACUCACAGUAUGGGCCGUCGGCUCCCAACGGCGGGUAUGGCGGAAACACAUCACGACCGAGCUACAGCGCUGCUACUGCAUUUGCACCACGUUCCGUAGCCUCUCAGCAGCCGUACCGCACGAGCAGUCCUGUUGUCUCGGCACCGCCUACCACGCAGACUAGUUACUCAAACCCUCCUACAACGAACUAUGGCACAUACUAUUCCCAGCCGCAACCGUCCUACCAAGCGGACGCCUCGUAUUACAAUUCGUCCCAAUACAGCGGCAACACUUACGGACCUACUGUGCCUCACAUCCAGAAUCCCUUUGCGCCGUCCGGCGACCAGUCACGCGGAAGGACCUUUGGACGAAACGAUCCAGGCCUCGACGCCGAAACCGAAGCGCAGAUUGCCCAGUGGCAGAGCGCGUACGCCAGCAGCGGCGACUUGUCUGCGGCGAAGGGCGCGGUGCGCAGAGAUGGAACCACUGGCACUCCCGGAGCGACCACGACGGUUUACACCUCAUCCGGCAACACGCCAGCCUCAAAUACACCGACUCCAAUCGGCCCAGAGCCGCAAAAGACGGUUGCUCGCACGGGCGGUGGCCAAACCUGGAAUGACUCAACCCUGCUCGAAUGGGACCCGGCGCAUUUUCGUCUGUUUGUAGGUAACCUUGCGGGCGAGGUUACCGACGACUCCCUGCUCAAGGCAUUCGCAAAGUACCCAUCUAUUCAAAAGGCACGCGUGAUUCGCGACAAACGCACGCAGAAGAGCAAAGGCUAUGGCUUCGUCAGUUUCAGCGACGGCGAUGAUUACUUCAAAGCAGGGAGAGAAAUGCAGGGCAAGUACAUCGGAUCGCACCCGGUCCUCCUUCGUCGCGCCACGACUGAGAUUCGACCUGUAUCGAACAACAAGAAUAAGAAGAAUGGCGGAAAGGGAGGUGGUUCUGGCGGCGGUCAGGGAUCGAAGACGAAGCAUGACGGGAUUAAGAAGCCUGGAAAGACCAAGGGUGGAUUGAGGAUCCUGGGAUGA